AUGAAGACAUAUAAUAGCCUAGUUGCGGCAGUUGCUAUUCUUCCUCUAGUCUACGGCGAUCGAGUGACCCUCAGCUUUGAAGAUCUCGAUAUCUCAAACGAUGAUAAGUGUGGAAGCCUUGACUUCUCUCAAAAUGAAAAACGAUAUGCGGGCACGGUAAUAACGGGCGCAACCGUAGUCAACUCUGUCGGAACGGACGCUUGCGAGACCCCAAUUGGCGAUAUUGAUUUAUCUGACAAACUGGAAAAUAAUGUCCUGUGGGGAGACACUCUUGUCUAUUUCGAUUAUCUCACCUUCCAAGCCGGGGACCACAUCCUUGGUAACUUGGCGUUCGACCUUGCAGUUGACUGGUCGCACCUGGCUGAUGGAGAGCUCGACGACGACGACACAAAGAUCACCGUGGAGCUGCAACUUUUGAGCCUUGGCGAUACCCAGCAGUAUACGGUGAUUGAGAAAUUCCCGACGAAGAAUGGUACAGGUCCAUAUUCAAUCGAAUGGAAGCCGGAUGCAGGAACAUACUCCGCUUUCUCCAUCUCCGUGAACCUCAUAUCCGGCUCGCUCGUUUACGAUUUCCCAAAGGUAGCUCUGGACAACAUUGCCUGGGAUCACUUCACCGAAGACAAAGAUGGCAAUAUAGAUUAUGGGAGUGCCAAAACAACAACCACCAGCGUUCCAGAAACGACCACCGCGGGUAAUGCGACAACUAGGCCGCCCUCCAGCCACACAGAGACUUCGGCUCCUGCUACCACUUCGGCUCCCUCGAGAUCAAACACCACCACCAGCACAUUCGUCUUCCCCAGUCCAACUCGGACAACCGAGGUACAGAGCUCGACUUCUACAGGUCUUGCCUAUUCUUCUGCCCCAACUUUGUUUGGCUUUGCUGCUGUGUUGGCUGCGGGUGCAGCUUUUCUCUAA